AUGAAGUUCCAAUAUGUGCGCAAGUCGAACGAGGGCACACUGAUGAAAUCACGCGAUGCCUAUCGGUAUCUGAGCUACGGCAUGAGCGCUGUGGGUUGGUUGUCACCGCCAGAAAGAUGGGGAUGCCGCUGGCCGUACAAGCUGUGGUCCUGUAUAGUGGUGGCCAUGGCAUUCUAUUUGCCUUGUGGCAUGCUUAUGACGUAUGUAACAGAGUUUAGCAAUUUCAAGCCCGAGGAGCUGUUCACCUCACUUCAGGCGGGUAUCAAUGCGCCCGGCGCCUUUUGUCGCGGCAUGCUCUCUUUUUUGGGCAUAUGGCGACUGCAUAAGCUGUUGGACACACUGGAUGAAAUGGACAAACGCUGCAUCACCCAAGCAGAGCAAAUUAAGGUGCACGAGAUCGUUAGGCGUUGCAACAUGAUCUUCUUAUUCUAUGUGUCGAGCUACUUUUUCUACGCAACAUGCACUUUUGUUGCUUCGUUAUCUAGGGGACAAACGCCGUACUUGAUAUACAAUCCGCUCAUUGACAGCCAAAAGCAUUUAUAUAUAUCAGGAUUUAUCGAUUAUGUGCUGCUAUCUUCGGGACUGUACUACAAUCUAAUGACGGACGUUUUCACGCUCAUCUUUGGCUUUACUGUGCGCCUGCAUCUCAGUCUGCUGAGCGAUCGGAUACAGCAGCUGCAUAUUCCCGACAGCAAAACUGAGGCAGAGUACAAUGAGGCCUUGGUCGGCUGCGUUAAGGACUACACACAUAUAAUAGACAUCUGCAAUCUAAUGCGUCCAUAUAUCUCGGCUAACAUCUUUGUGCAGUACUUGAUAGCCGGCAUGCUAUUUGGCAUCACCUUGAUAAAUGUCAUGUUCUUUGGCGAUCUCUGGAGCAAGGUGCCAUCCGCGAUUUACUUGUCUGCACUGUGUCUGCAAACGUUUCCGUUUAGUUUCUGCUGCAACUUGAUUGAGAAAGAUUGCGAUGAUUUGACUCAUGUAGUGUUCCAGGCCUUUCGAUGCGGCGCCAACAAAAAAUAUCAUACGACCUUGAGCUGUUUUUUACAGUUGACACACACGCCGAUUACCUUCACCGCUGGCAAGAUAUUCAACAUUUGCAUGGCAACCAAUAUAUCAGUAGCUAAGUUGGCUUUUUCGGUAGUCACCUUAGUCAAAGAAAUGAAUAUUGCCGAAAAUCUCAAAGCAGAGUAAUUUUGUGUUUAGCACAAAAUAUAUCAAUAUUGCUAAAUUAAAAUGAAGCACAUUAAAGAUCCCUAGACCU